AUGCUGCUUUGGAUUCUGUUGCUGGAGACGUCUCUUUGUUUUGCCGCUGGAAACGUUACAGGGGACGUUUGCAAAGAGAAGAUCUGUUCCUGCAAUGAGAUAGAAGGGGACCUACACGUAGACUGUGAAAAAAAGGGCUUUACAAGUCUUCAGCGUUUCACCGCCCCGACUUCCCAGUUUUACCAUCUAUUUCUGCAUGGCAAUUCCCUCACUCGACUUUUCCCUAAUGAGUUCGCUAACUUUUAUAAUGCGGUUAGUUUGCACAUGGAAAAUAAUGGCUUGCAUGAAAUCGUUCCUGGGGCUUUUCUGGGGCUGCAGCUGGUGAAAAGGCUGCACAUCAAUAACAACAAGAUCAAAUCUUUUCGAAAGCAGACUUUCCUGGGGCUGGACGAUCUGGAAUACCUCCAGGCUGAUUUUAAUUUAUUACGGGAUAUAGACCCGGGGGCCUUCCAGGACUUGAACAAGCUGGAGGUACUCAUUUUAAACGACAAUCUCAUCAGCACCCUACCUGCCAAUGUGUUCCAAUAUGUGCCCAUCACUCACCUCGACCUCCGGGGAAACAGGCUGAAAACGCUGCCCUACGAGGAGGUCUUGGAGCAAAUCCCUGGCAUUGCCGAGAUCCUGCUAGAGGAUAACCCAUGGGACUGCACUUGUGAUCUGCUCUCCCUGAAAGAAUGGCUCGAAAACAUUCCCAAAAAUGCCCUGAUCGGCCGAGUAGUCUGCGAAGCCCCCACCAGACUGCAGGGCAAAGACCUCAAUGAAACCACUGAACAGGACUUGUGUCCUUUGAAAAACAGAGUGGAUUCUAGUCUCCCGGCUCCUCCUGCCCAAGAAGAGACCUUCGCUCCUGGCCCCCUGCCGACUCCUUUCAAGACAAAUGGGCAAGAAGAUCAUGCCACCCCAGGGUCGGCUCCAAACGGAGGUACAAAGAUCCCAGGCAACUGGCAGAUCAAAAUCAGACCCACGGCAGCGAUAGCUACCGGCAGCGCCAGAAACAAACCCCCAGCCAACGGCUUGCCCUGCCCUGGGGGCUGCAGCUGCGACCACAUCCCAGGGUCGGGUUUAAAGAUGAACUGCAACAACCGGAACGUGAGCAGCUUGGCUGAUUUGAAGCCCAAGCUUUCCAACGUGCAGGAGCUUUUCCUGCGAGAUAACAAGAUCCACAGCAUCCGAAAAUCGCACUUUGUGGAUUACAAGGAUCUCAUUCUGUUGGACCUGGGCAACAAUAACAUAGCCACCGUAGAGAACAACACUUUUAAGAAUCUUCUGGACCUCAGGUGGUUGUAUAUGGAUAGUAACUACCUUGACACGCUGUCCCGGGAGAAAUUCGCCGGGCUGCAAAACCUUGAGUACCUGAACGUGGAGUACAACGCCAUCCAGCUCAUCCUUCCCGGCACCUUCAAUGCCAUGCCCAAACUGAGGAUCCUCAUUCUGAACAACAACUUGCUGAGGUCCCUACCCGUGGACGUGUUUGCUGGGGUCUCGCUCUCUAAACUCAGCCUGCACAACAAUUACUUCAUGUACCUUCCGGUGGCAGGGGUGCUGGACCAGUUAACGGCCAUCAUCCAGAUAGACCUGCACGGAAACCCCUGGGAGUGCUCCUGCACCAUCGUGCCUUUCAAGCAGUGGGCAGAACGCCUGGGUUCCGAAGUGCUGAUGAGCGACCUCAAGUGCGAGACGCCAGUGAACUUCUUUAGGAAGGAUUUCAUGCUCCUCUCCAAUGACGAGAUCUGCCCCCAGCUGUACGCGAGGAUCUCGCCCACGUUAACUUCGCACAGUAAAAACAGCACUGGGUUGGCGGAGACCGGGACACACUCCAACUCCUACUUAGACACCAGCAGGGUGUCCAUCUCCGUGUUGGUCCCGGGACUGCUGCUGGUGUUUGUCACCUCCGCCUUCACUGUGGUGGGCAUGCUCGUGUUUAUCCUGAGGAAUCGAAAGCGGUCUAAGAGAAGGGACGCCAACUCCUCGGCGUCCGAAAUUAAUUCCCUGCAGACAGUCUGUGACUCUUCCUACUGGCACAGUGGGCCUUACAACGCAGAUGGGGCCCACAGAGUGUAUGACUGUGGCUCCCACUCGCUCUCAGACUAA